UCUCCUUCCCAAGGGGAUGCUGUAGCUAGAGGUGGGCUGUAGUAGUCGGUGACUUGUGUGGCUCAGCGCUGGCUGCUGUCAGUGGUUCCCCGCCACAGGCUGGAAGGGCACAGGCGCGCUAUGUAUGUACUGGGGACGCCGGGCGGUUUCUCUUCACCGAUCUCGCCUUUUACAGUACGUGGAGCCGGCGGAUGCUGAGUCCCGUGUCCCCGCUACCGGCGGCCUCACGUGGGACACAGUGCUAUGUGCCUGGUCUAUAAUCGGAGUGCCAUGGUCCCCUGCACAGGCGCUGCCUGAUGACGCGGUGUCUCCUCCUCCCCCUCCCUCCCCGGGCUGGAGCAGUGUCGGGCUGCUGGCUGGCUGGCGGGGCGUUGCGCACGGUGAGAGCGCGGCGUCGGUGGCUGCUGUUUUGGUUGCUCACCGGUCUGAACCAUGUUCCGAGGUCCAUCCGCCGAGCCUGAGUCUGUCGCAGCAAGUUUAGUAAUUCUGCCUUUACCCUAAAUUAAACCAUGGAAAAAAAUUACUUUACACCUCGGAAGACACACUAUUUGCGCAAUAAGCAGAGCAAACAUGAAAUGGACACAGAAGAAAAUAGCUCGCCUACACAAAAAAUAUCAUUAAGGGACAAGUAUUGUCAGACUGACCAACCUCACCCUGGCUCCUGUGAUUCAGAGACAACAGUGGAGCCUGGAGAUCCACCUUUGUUGCAGCAACCUGUUUCCACUUCAAAAUCUGGCGUACUACAAAUUAUAGAAUGUUUUAAAUCUGGAACUAAACAGCUUAAAUUGAUGCUGUUAAAAGAGGUGAACACCAUAUUUGAAUGCAAAUCAUGCCGCAGUCUUUUCAGAGGCCUACCCAACCUCAUCACACACAAGCAGUUUUACUGUGUAUCGACGUACAAUGCGGAUGAAGAUCCUUCCAAUGAAAAUUAUAGACCAAACCAAGCAAUAAAAGAUUUAAUGGAAGUAAUAUAUCCAAGAGCAAACAAACCAGAAUUUGUCAUACAAUUAGAGUCUAUUCAAACAAACCAAAAUGCAGUUUUUCAGAUUGUUAAGCCAGUAAGUGAAGUAAAUGUUGACAUAAACAGCAUUCCUGAAAAAGUUGACCUUCAAAAGGAAGAAUCUGUUCCUGCUCCUCAGUCCUCUUUGACGCCUGUAUCUGUAGCAAAAUCACCUGAGAAUGUUAAAAAUGAGACUGCUGACCGUUUCCCAAAUGCCAGCCAUACACCUACGUCCAAUCCUGUUGCAAGAUCGUUAAAAAUAGCUAGUAAUAGCAAUCCAUUUGCAUGCCGAGUUUGCAAAAAGGAUUUUAAUUGUAGAAGGAGCAUACGUCGGCACAUUAAAAAAGUGCACAAGAAAAAGUUGGAAGAUAUAAAGAAAUUCAUUGAGGUUCAUAGAAAUAAACUCUUGUCUUCUGCCAAAGGGCAUACUAGUGUGAUCCAUGCAACAUCAGGCACAAGCUGCCACAUAUGCAAUAAAUCAUUUGCUACAAAAGCAAAUACAAGGAGGCAUAUUGAUGAAGUUCAUAAAGGAAUGAGAAGAGACUCGAUCACUCCAGAAACCGGUGUAAAAUCUGGGAAAAAUGCCAGUCCUGAAAUUGUAACACCUAAAAAAAAGCUUAAGACUCUUCCUCGUACACAGAAACCUUCAGCAAAGUCUGAAAUUAAUCUUACUUCAUGUAACUGCCCAUUUUGUAAAAGACGUUACACCUCCUACUUGCUACUCGAAAAGCAUGUGCAAAUAGUACACAAAACAAGUUUAUGUGGAACGCCUGUCAAAGCCAAUAAAGGACAUAACCAUGCCAGUAACUCAGACAUUAAAAUAAAAACUGAAGGUCCAAAUGGUGCAUGCUCUUCAUCAAAUUCUGGUACGUGCUCUCCCCAGAGUGAAACAAAGGGAACAAAUCACACACACGAAAAAAAGAGUACAGCUACACCGAAGAGUAAAGUGAAACCUGAUGGGAAUUCUCCUAAAGUUGGUACCUCACCUACUAGUGGGAAAAAGAAGCGUAAGAAGCCUAAAUUGUCGGCUGGCUUUGACUUCAAGCAACUUUACUGUAAACUCUGCAAAAGACAGUUCACAUCUAAACAGAAUCUAGCAAAACAUAUUGAGCUGCAUACGGAUGGAAACUGCAUAUUUGUGAAGUUCUACAGGUGUCCUCUUUGCUCAUAUGAUACUCGUCGAAAGCGUGAUGUAAUCAGGCACAUAACCGUAGUACAUAAAAAGUCACAACGUGCUCUGAUAAAAAUAACUGCAAGCUUGGAAAGUAGAGCUAUAAAAAAGCCAAUUGAAACUAUUUUGGAAAAGGUUUCAAAAAAAGGGCCCCAACAAGACAAACUUAAAAGAGUUAGUUCAAGACUGGACUGUCCUUCCUCAUCUUCCAGCAAAAAGUGUGAUGGGGGUGUUGCUGGCAUUGAAGUAAAGGUGACCAAAAACUUUUCACUGAUUAAGUGUAAUAUGUGUGGUAAAGCGUUUGCAAAAAAGAAAGAUUUGGACCAGCAUAAAAAGAAUCACAAAACUAAUACAAAUUCCCCUGUGGACCUGCAAGUAAAAAAAAGAAGUACCAGGUCAAAAGCACAGGUGUCUUGAGAAACCCUAUGCUUUAAUAAAAGUGGUAGAUAUUAUUAUAAUUUUUUUUCCCCCAAUUGUGAAACUUAAACUGCAAAUACCCAACUGAAUGUUUUAAUAUUUUGUAUUGGUGACCUUUUUUGUGUCAUAUUUUUUUUUCUCCAUCUGUAUCCUUACUUGGUCAUGUAUUGUGAAAAUGUAAAUGUAAACUUUUUAAACAUACAGUAGAUCUGUUUUUAUGUAAACAAACUUAUCUGUUCAUAGCCGCCAAUCACUUUUUAGACAAUGUACUUUAUAAAUGUUUGACCAUAUAAUUACAUAAAUUACAGUAACCGUGGAUAGUAAGUUGGAAAGAGUUGGCUUCAAACAGUAUGCCAGAUUUUCCUGGAUGCUAUGUUUGUUUUUUGUUUUUUCCCCAUAAUGUAAAGGAAUCCCGGUUAUAUAGAUUGACGCAAGGAUUAUGUGCAUUACUUGAAUUUUUGAAUAAUCUAGAUCAAAUUACUUGCUUAUAGUAUAUGGAAACUAAUUCUCUUAUAAUGAAAAUAUUUUUUUUUUUACUUGAGAUGUGAAAAGUUAAACAAAAUAACUUAUAUUUAAUGAAUGCAUUUAUAAUGUGUUUAAGGUUUUACAUCGACUUCAAACAAUAUACUCAAGUUUGAGUCUCCCAUACCUGAAAAACCUAUAUCCAAAAUAUUCAGAAAUCCAGCAUUUUUGGAGUGCGUCUAAGAUAGUGACACCUUUGCUUUCUGAUGGGUCAGUGUAUACCUAAUUUGUUUCAUGCACAAAAUUAUUAAAAUAUUGUGUAAAAUUAACUUCAGAAUAUGUGUAUGAGGUGUAUAUGAAACCUAAAUGCAUUUUAUGUUUAGACCUGGGUACCAUCCCUAAAAUAUCUCAUUAUGAUAUGCAAAUAUUCCAAAAUAUGGGAUAAAUCCAAAAUACUUCUGGUCCCAAGCUUUGUGAAUAUGGGAGACUCAACCUGUUUAUGAACAAAAUGUAUUUAUUACAUAGCAUUGCUAGAAGUUUACUCUUAUCUUAUGAAGCACAUGCAGGAGCUUCCAAAGUAAAAUUUAUUUUCUUUGUCCCUCACUUUUUAAAGCUGCAAUCCCAUGCAUGAUGAUUGUGUGUUAAAAAAGAAUAAAUAGUUCUGUGGUAACUGUAAAAAGAUAUACCGUAUUUUUCGGACCAUAAGACGCGCCGGACCAUAAGACGCACCUAGUUUUUAGAGUAAGUAAACUGGAAAAAAAAGAGCCAGCAUACACAGACAGACAGACAGACACACACACAUAUACACACACACACACACACACACACACACACACACACACACACACACACAUCAGAGCCAGCAUACACAGACACACACACAUCAGAGCCAGCAGACACAGACACACACACACACACACACACACACACACACACACACAUAUAUUGUAGACAGUACCAGUGGUUCCCCGCGUCCAGGCUCUCAGCUAACGCUUGCCCCGGGUGCACUCCUGAGGACCAAGGAGGUGUGGGGUAGAUGCCGGGCUCUGCUGCUGGGCUCUGAGAUGCGCCGCGCUCUGCUGAUGACGGCGCAGCAGCAGCAUCCAGGACCCGCCGGUUCCCCCAUGUCCAGGCACUCAGCUAACGCUGCCUGCAGGGAAACUCCUGAGGAGGGAGGAGGUGUGGGGAAGCGGGGGGGAGUCACAUGAUGCCGGGCUCUGCUGCUGGGCUCUGAGAUGCGCCGCGCUCUGCUGAUGACGGCGCAGCAGCAUCCAGGACCCGCCGCUACCCGCGAACUCCAUCUGCAUCUGCUCUUAUUCGCUCCAUAAGACGCACAUACUUUUUCCCCCACAUUUUUGGGGAGAAAAAGUGCGUCUUAUGGUCCGAAAAAUACGGUAGGUGGAAUUUAAUUAUCUGCAGCACUAAUUGAUCCCUGCGGGGAGGUGGUAAUUCAAUAGACGCUGAUAGCCAGCAUGUUUGUUUCAUUUUUCUGAUUUUGUUUCACCUGCCUAGAGUUAGGAGAAACAAAGUACUCGAUAAGUGCCGUAUUUUUUCCGCCGCAAUUGCGAUAACACAUGGUUCCAGGAAAUGAUGCCUUAUUCUGUGUGUUUUUCCACACGAAAACUUAUAUUUAUUUAGGCAAAAAAAGGGCAUUCAUUGAAUUGCCCCCCCAAAAAAACCAUUGUGGAAACAAAUUGCGAAAGCCAGAAAUAUUUACUGCAGCUAACUGAAUUUCCUUAAUAGGAGUGUAAAUGUUUUUCUUUUCCCUUUUUAAAUAUUAAAAUGUUUAUUAAUGGUUUACAUUUUGCAAAGUUUAAUACGAUUACUAUGUCAAUCAUAGUCCCAAUAGUUAGCAGAGAGGAUUUGUAACCACUUUUUUUCAGUGUACCCAUUCACAGCUCAAACUGCUCCAUUGCCCAUUUCGUCUUACAUGAAUGUGGACAGAAGGCAUAUGAUUUGGUUUUAGUGACAGUCUUCUAGGUAUCAAGCACUGAAAAUGUGCUAACACAUGCCUUCCAUUUGAAUUUGAAGCUACAGUAUAUAGUUUUAAGGUCAUCCUUAAUCACAGUGGUUCCCAAAGUUCUUUGAAUAACGGUGCCCUCCAGUAUCAGACUUUUUUAGCAUGGAACCCCUCGGCCAAAUGUUUCUUAUUGAGUAUUUUAGAAAUAUGAAAUUAAGUAAAUUGUGUUUUUAUAUGUUUUCCUUAAAUUCAGUUGUGUGAUAAGGGACAAGAGUUUCUUCUUUUUCUCACAUAUUUUAUGAUUGACAGCCACCAGCACUGGUUUUGUCUCUUAUAUUGACCAUAAAUAAUUUUAAUUGGUCCUGGACCCACCAAUCCAAGACACCCCUGCAAGUUCCACGAUGCACCCCAGGGUUCCCAGGCACACAGUUUGAGAACCACUAACAUAACAGAUUACAGAUGUGUUAAACUACUGUAGUUCAACACUUGUGCUAAUUAAAAAUAAAACAAACUUUGAGAUUGCUGCAUUUAAAAAAAUAUAUAUACAUAAAUAUUUAGAUAGACUCGAAUGGCCGUCACUCCAUUAAGAAAAAGUAAUGCUGCCCUGGUGGCCUCCUGCAUCCACACGGCGGUGAAUGAUACAAAUACAGGUACAGAUGGCGGCACUCAUGGGUCUUUCUGCUGUGCUAGUAAUUAGGCGACCAACACCUAUUAGCUGGUUGUAUGUAUAUAAUAUUUUAGAUUUCCAUUGAUGUAAUAAGUACUGUACAUUGGCAGAUUUGUUCAUUAUAAUGAAAUUUACAUAAUGCUUUGGUCUGAUUUCAAUCUAAAAUAUGUAUUUAAAUAUGUAAAUUAAACUCAUGGCACUGUCUGUAAGAUGCCGUAUCCCUUUUUUUUUUUUUUUUUUUUGAGUGUCUGGUUUCUGCAUUAUGGAAGUUUUUUAAUAAAAUGGCAACUGAGAGUAUCUACAUCAGUAGUUCACUACUCCAGUCCUCCAGGAGUAAAACAGUGCGAAUUUUCCAAAUCUUGUUGGUAUGCUGGUGUAUUUGUUAUUGGCUGACACAUUUUAAAAGAUCCACAGAUGGUGCUAAUUAUUUCACUUGUAAUACUGAUGAGAUCUAUAAAAAAUGCACCGCUAUAAGUUCUUGAGGACUCUGCACUUGGGAAACACUGAUCUAGAAACUGGUUGCAAAUUGUACUUGGAAAUAAUCAGAAUAAUUCUGUUAGAGGAUAAAUUUAUCAUUUACAACCUCCAUUAUUAGGGGGUAAAGCCUGUCACAGCUCUAAAAGGUAGUGUUAUGAUGAUGCUAUAUAGUAAUGUGUGUGAGGUGUUUGCUUUGCUGCAAAAUUUACACGUAACUCUAAAUGCCUAUAUAUGUAGGCUACAAAUUUUGCAAAAGAUUGUUCUGUAAAUGGAAAGGUAUUAUGCAAACUGAUCAGUUUUGAAUGAAAUUUUAGUUGGAUUUUUACUGUUUGUCAAUAUGUAAAUAUUUUUUUUUGUGGUAUAACGUAAUACUUGUUUUAGAGUAGUUUUUAUUUAUCCCCUUCCUCACUACAAAUAAUCAGUACAAUUUUUUUCUGUGGACUCUUAACAGUGAUUCUUUAAAUGUAGAGCAAUAUGACCAACUGACAACUACUUUAAUAAAAUAUGUAAUUUUCCCCCUUCUUUAAUAGCUUUUACUCGGUAUAUAAUAAAGUUCUGUAUGUGAAAUAAUUUCUUUAAACACAUAUCAGAAUUGGAAAUAAUUUGAGGAAUUCUUUAGGGAUUUCAAGGGAAAUACAAGUAUUUUACCAGUUACAGUUUCAUUAACUAAAAACAUGUUAACAUGAAAUUCCUAUUAAUACUGUUUAUUUUUUUUAAAUCUUUUUAGUGUAUUAUAGGCUAGUUAUAACUUAUUUAAUCUGUCUACUUGCACAAGCUUGUUAGAACUCUGGAGGGUGUUCUAUAAGGGGAAACUUAGACUAUAACUUUUCUGCUUUACUAUUGACUGAUAGUCAAAUUAGGUAACUUUUUUUUGACUGCUUUGGUUCCCCUAAAAUAGUUUCAGGAAUAAUUUAUAAUUGUGUUAUGUGAUGCAAAAAUGAUAACUAUGUUCUGUUUGAAGCGUGUAUACUCAAACAUGAGUUUUAUUUUCUUUAUGAAGAAUGUGCAUUUUAAAUGUAGCUUUAACACUUUUCAGUAGUUAUGGCAGGUUUACAUAUGUGGAUACCCUUACUGUGCAGAUCUACGAUUAUCAGAUGACUGUGAUAGUUUCUGUCAAUGUUCUCGAUUUGAUUGUAAACUCUUGUUGAAAUAGUUUAUAAUUAUUACUGGAAUUCAGAUCAUUGAUUUAGUGCAUGAACACUGUUUCUCUAUUGUACAAAAAAAAAAUUGCCAGUAGGGGAAGUAAGCUGGCUAAUGAAUUGUAUAGGGUAUGAUUAUAAUAAAAUAAUUUCAGAAUUUUA